AUGAACAAGAGAGUGCUUUUCAGCCCAGAAGGCGAAUACGAAAGAGCAGUAAAAGUUGGGAGAAACAAGAAGAGGGUGACAACACCGGUGUGGAGCUUCAAACUCUCCGAGAAGUCUUCACUGUUUAUGGCGGCCAGAUUUGUCAAGAACUUGGGAGCGAAGAUGUCGAAAGCCGUCCGUUUGAUGUCGAGUUCUAAUAGGAAGAGAGCGUCGUGUAAAGUUUCUUCUGCUAGUUUGGUAAGGACGAGGUCUUAUGCAGAAACGCUGGUUGAUUCUCAGAGAGCUGAGGCUAUUGAGGAUUGCAUUGAGUUCUUGAACUCUUCUUCGUCUUUGCCCAGAUCAAGCUCGGUUUCCAGUUCUUUUUAA